AUGGGGACGCAAGUCGCCGCCAUGUGUGGCCUCGUCCUCGUGGCGUUGCUCCGGCUGACACCCGACGUCGCGCACGCACAGACGCAGAUCCUCUUCCAGGGGUUUAACUGGGACUCGUGGAAGAAGCAGGGCGGGUGGUACAACAUGCUCCAGGGCCAGGUGAACGACAUCGCCAGCGCCGGCGUCACGCACGUCUGGCUCCCCCCUCCAACCCACUCCGUCUCACCUCAAGGCUACAUGCCGGGGCGGCUCUACGACCUGGACGCGUCCAAGUACGGCACCAAGGCGGAGCUCAAGUCGCUCAUCGCCGCCUUCCACGGCAAGGGCAUCAAGUGCGUCGCCGACAUCGUCAUCAACCACCGCUGCGCCGACGACAAGGACAGCCGCGGCGUCUACUGCAUCUUCAAGGGCGGCGGCCCGCAAGGCUGCCUGGACUGGGGCCCCUCCAUGAUCUGCAGCGACGACACGCAGUACUCCGACGGCACGGGCCACCGCGACACCGGCGCCGACUUCGCCGCCGCGCCCGACAUCGACCACCUCAACCCGCUCGUCCAGCGGGAGCUCUCCGACUGGCUCAGAUGGCUCAGGAGGGACGUCGGCUUCGACGGCUGGCGCCUCGACUUCGCCAAGGGCUACUCGGCAGCCGUGGCCAAGGCGUACGUCCAGAACGCCAGGCCGGGCUUCCUCGUCGCGGAGAUAUGGAGCUCCCUCAGCUACGACGGCGACGGGAAGCCGGCGGCCAACCAGGACGGCGAGCGGCAGGAGCUCGUGAACUGGGUGAAGCAGGUGGGCGGCCCAGCCACGGCGUUCGACUUCACGACCAAGGGCAUCCUGCAGUCGGCGGUGCAGGGCGAGCUGUGGCGGAUGCGGGACAAGGACGGCAAGGCGCCGGGCAUGAUCGGCUGGCUUCCCGAGAAGACCGUCACCUUCGUCGACAACCACGACACCGGCUCGACGCAGCGGAUGUGGCCAUUCCCGUCUGACAAGGUCAUGCUGGGCUACGCCUACAUCCUCACCCACCCAGGAGUCCCAUGCAUCUUCUACGACCACGUGUUCGACUGGAACCUGAAGCAGGAGAUCAACGCGCUGGCGGCGGCGAGGAGGCGCAACGGGAUAAACGCCGGGAGCAAGCUGCGCAUCCUGGCGGCGGACGCCGACAUGUACGUCGCGAUGGUCGACGAGAGGGUCAUCACCAAGAUCGGACCGAAAACGGACGUGGGCAGCAUGAUCCCGUCGGAUUUCCACGUCGUGGCUCACGGCAAUGACUACUGCGUGUGGGAGAAGAGCGGUCUCAGAGUCCCAGCAGGGCGCCGCUAGAGAACUGCUUGCUAGUCGCUAGCUAGCUGCACUGUUCUUCUUAAAUUGUACUCCGACAAAUGCUUCGUUUCUGUUUGCAGAUACAGCUCGUAAUAAGAUCUU